UGGCGUGUCAUGGCGGCCUGCUUGGCCAAUGUGCAACGUGGUUUCUCUGCCUUGCAUCAUUCUUGCCUCACGUACUUCCACCGCCCUCUAAUUUCAUCAUUCGUCAUCAAUUCUCGAGGAUGUGCCUGCCACACAGAUAGGGCCUCCAUCUCCCAAUCCAUCUUCGAAGAGAAACGUAGCAGUAAGCAGUGGGAAGAUUCCUUGUUUUCGAGGCCAAGAAGCCCACGUGAUAAUUUCCGGACGUGCACCAUUGACAUGCCCGAAGAUAGAUCUAAUAAGCUUCAUAGGGGGGAGCUAAGGGCUAAAGUAUUGAAGAGGAGAGCGGAAAAGAGUUUGUAUCCCCCGGCUGAGAUAUCUCUGCACAUCAUCGGAUCUGGUGCGUUUGGAGCGCCGAGAGCACUUUACAUGCUGGCUGGAAAUUCCAGUUAUCUCUUCAAUUGUGGUGAAGGGGCUCAAAGACUCCUAUGUGAGCAUAAAAUGAAGUUGGGAAAACUGGAGCACAUACUGGUGACACACCUCUCAUGGGAGAACUAUGGAGGACUUCCAGGGUUGCUUCUCUCAUUGCAUGAGAUGGGAUUGCCUUCCUUGACUCUGCAUGGACCACCUGAUGUGGAGAAGCUAAUUGAGAGAGCCCAGUCAUUUGUGAAGAUUAAUGCAAUGGAAGUGCUGAAGAAGGAAUAUAGUGAUGUCCCUUAUGAGGAUGAGACACUAAUCAUCAGUUAUGUGCCAAUAUGGGGAGGUAAGAAGGAGAAGGAUGGGUUUGAUGACUCCGAUUUGGAAACAACAAACUACUGCAAUCUUGAAGGCAGAAAGAGGAGAAGGUUGAAUACUCACAACAAUGCAGAGAUGAGAGGCAGUGGACAAGAAGAUGCUUUGAAAAUUAAGGAAAGAGAUAUGAGUGUUGCAUACAUUUGUAGAUUAAAGCCCAGAGCAGGAUCUCUGCUGUUGGAGAAAUGUCUUGAUUACAAAGUACCCACAGGGCCUCUAUUGGGAUGUCUUAAGAGAGGAGAAGAUGUAACUCUGGAAAAUGGAACAGUGGUUCACUCCCAAGAUGUUAUGUCUCCCCAAGAUCCAGGCUCCUUGUUCUUUGUGGUGGAUUGCCCUACAGAGGCCUUUCUAAAAUCCUUGAUGAAAAGUGGACAUUUUCAGAGCCACAUGGAGACAUCUGGUCUGGAUCCAUCUGUGAUAUUUCAUUUCACACCACCAGAAGUGAUGGGAAACCUCAAAUAUCAAGACUGGAUGAGCCAGUUUCCUAAGUCAACAAUCCAUAUUUCUUUGAACAGGGAUUCCACUUGUUUAGGAAAUCGAGAAGUGUAUCGAAACCAGUUCAAAUUGAACUCUCUGGAUCCAGUGGUGUUUCCAUUGCUCAAGGAGUUUCCAAGUGUGAACAAGAAUGAAGCAGAAAUAUUAUCACCCCUGAAUGGCAGUGCUACUUCUGUCAGUUCUAAGGUAUUGGCCAUUUCUGCCACUGAUGGUGUUGUUCAGGCCAGGACAUUGACUCAGUUCCGCCUUCGGCCCAAGAUGGGAUUGGAUUUCUCUUCAUCCAUUGUGAUAUCUUCAGAGGAAGCUUUGUCAGAAAUCCCCUCCAAUGAGUCUGAUGUAAAUGUACGUGAUAGAGUGCAUGAGUCUGUCCAAGCAAAGAGAGACUCUGAUACUGUUAUAACGUCAGAAUCACAAGAUUUCCCCAGAAUACUGUUCUUGGGAACUGGGUCCUCUGUUCCUCAGAAGACCAGAAAUACUAGUGCCAUCUUGUUCACAAUCAAGAAAAAACAUCACAUGAUGCUUGAUUGUGGAGAGGGAACUCUUGGCCAAUUGGUGCGAUUUUUUGGACUCAGCAAGACAUGGAAGAUUCUGACUCAUUUGAAUGCAACCUAUAUCUCUCAUUUGCAUGCUGACCAUCACAUUGGCCUCAUCUCCAUUCUUCAAGCAAGGGAAGAAGCCUUCAUGCUACAAGAGAAGCCUUUCCAACCAAUGAAGCUCUUUGCCCCUCAGCCUGUGAUCCAGUGGCUAGAUUUUUACAAUAUGCACUUUGAAUCCAUAGAUCACUUGUACCAGGCCCAUGAUAAUGCAUUGCUCUUGAAUGACAAUGAGACCAUGUUAAAAAAUGUGUUAGAAAGUUUGGGGCUGAGGAGGAUGCAAACAUGUAGAGUUUCACACUGUCCGGAUGCAUUUGGAGUGAGCCUAACUGAUUUGAAAGGCUGGACAACUGUUUAUUCUGGAGACACACGGCCAUGCAACAAUCUUGUUUUCUUGGGUAUGGACUGUGACCUCCUGAUCCAUGAGGCAACCAUGGAGGAUGACAUGGUUGAAGCAGCUCACAUUAAGGCCCACUCCACGGUCUCUCAGGCAUUAGACAUUGCGGAGCGAAUGCAAUCCAAACAUAUCAUCCUUACACACUUCAGCCAGCGGUACUGCAAGAUUCCCAUCCUCAGUCAGAGUGCUGCCCUAAGGGCUGGGAUUGCCUUUGAUUUCAUGCAGGGAAAUUGUAUCCCAAUGGAUCUGCCAUCAGUGUGGGACACAUGA